AUGGGGACGACGGGUGGGAGCGACGUGGAGCAGGGAUUUGCCAAGCUACAAGGUGAAGACUUCGAGUACUACAUGCAAACCUACUCCAUAAUGCUCGGCCGCAACUCCAAGAAAUCCACCGUCGAUGUCGACUUAGCGAGCCUCGGAGGCGGUAUGAACAUUUCCCGCCGCCACUCCCGCAUCUUCUACGACUUCACCCGACGCCGUUUCGCGCUCGAAACCCUCGGCAAAAACGGCUGUCUCGUCGAAGGCGUCCUCCACUUCCCCGGUAACACUCCCGUCAAGCUCGAUUCACAAGACCUCCUCCAAAUCGGCGACAAGCAAUUUUACUUUCUUCUCCCCGUGAAAAGUAUUCUCGGUUGA